UGAAAAAUGACAUUCGUUCAUCACUACUUCUCAGUGAGUGACCGACCGAGUACCGAAACAAGUACUUACUUCAGGAUACUACUUGUUACUCAGUUCUAAAGUAUCGAUGCCAAAAGUACUUGGUAUCAAAAAAAAGUAUCGAGUAGUUACUUAUCGAUUCAUCCCUAGGAAUCACGUCGUACCGUUUAAACAGAGAAUUCGCUCUCUACGGCUCUUACAAAAGGUAUAUUUCGAUUGUAUUUUGCUAGUGUCUAGAUUUUUAUCUAAACAAAUAGAUUUUUUCAUCUUUUCAAGAUACAAAAUGAAUAUUUUUCGUUUCUCCAAGGGUAUCACAUACUGCGCUCGUUUAAAGUCCACUGCUGCAGACUUUCGACCAAACAUGAAUAACGUCGUUCCGAAAGAAGCUGCUAAAAGGAUUGUCUGGAUUGACAUGGAGAUGACUGGGCUUGAUAUAAACAAAGAUCGUAUUCUCGAAAUUGCAUGCUUAAUAACUGAUGCUGAUUUGAAUCUAAUAGCUACUGGUCCUAAUAUCGUGGUUCACCAACCUGAAGAAAUUUUGCAAAACAUGAACUCUUGGUGUGUUUCUCAACAUGGCGCGAGUGGUUUGACAGAGGCGAGUAGAAAAUCUGAAGUAACUAUUGAAAAUGCAGAAAAACAACUCCUGGACUUUGUGAGUGCACAUAUUCCAGAAAAUAAAUGCCCUUUGGGAGGUAACAGUGUUUAUAUGGAUCGGCUAUUCUUAUAUAAGUACAUGCCGAAAUUGAACUCAUAUUUGCACUACAGAAUUAUUGAUGUAAGUACAAUAAAAGAGUUAGCCAAGCGCUGGUUUCCUAAAGAGUAUUCUUCUUUACAUAUGAAAAAACUUCAGCAUAGAUCAUUUGGAGAUAUAUUAGAAAGUAUAGAAGAGCUGAAAUAUUACCGAAAUAAUGUAUUUCAAUGUUCAAGGUAAUUUUAACAUUUUAUCCCCCCCCUUCGCAUCUGUAUGAUAUGUAAAUACAUUAUGUUGAUAUGUAAGUACUGUGAUUUUAGUAAGAUACCUACAUGCAUCUUUGAAAUAUUUAUUAUAAUGUACCUGUAAUUUCCCGUCAAACAAACAAAACCCAUCCAGUUAGAUACCUACAUGAAUCAUUGAAAUAUUUAUUAAGUACCAGUAAUUGAAAAAACACAUACCUACUCUGUAAAAGUUAAGAGAUGAAACUGAGAAUUCAACAUUGGCAUAAAUUAUUACUUCCUGAGAUAGAACAAGGAAACACCUUCUCCGUUUUUUAUAUAAAUAAUGAUUUGGAGUAUGAUUCUCAUAACACAAGGUCAGGAGACUAAGUCUAAACCUAUGUCAUAUUUGUCAAGAUAUUAUUCCCUAAUGAUAAAAAUAAAGGUUUACAAUUUAUAAACAUUUUUUUAUUAUUACAAUUUCAACUCCAACACAUUUCAGCAUCAAAUAAAAAAUGGAUAACAUCCAAUUAUAGGAUCCCACUAUGUGCUAAAAUACUUACCAUGAAAUUCUGGUAUUCAAUAAUGCAAAAACAAUAUUGUCAGAGUGCCAAAAGGGAAUAAAGUGCUCAUUAUGCUUAGAAAACUAUAGACAAUUUGGUGUAGUCUCUUGUUUGGCAAACCAAAUCUAUGUAUGCUGCAACUUGGUAUGCUGUUCCCAAAUAGUGUCCAAAAAGAAAACCUUGUUCAGUGAGUAUUCCUGGCAAAAGUCUUUUGCUUAGCCAUUUAACUAUUGUGGCCAAGCAUACUCAUCUCCACAUCACUAAAAUAAAUCGACCAAAAUUUUGAAUGUUAUAUUAUUAUCGCUAGAAUGUCGUAAUCAUCAUAUUAAAAGUUGGUCUGAGAUUAAAAGUGGCGGAAUUUGGGGUUGAUGGAUUUUGAACUAAGAAAUAAUAAACAAAAAAAACGUUAGUGUCGUGGAACACCGUUGGAACGAAGUUAAUAGGAGAUUAUUUACUAAGGGAGAUAAUAAUAAUUAAAAAGGCGAGAACAUUUUUUGAAUCUCGUGUAGGAUUUUGAAGAUAAAAAACUGUAUCACAUUUUCGCAUAAUUUUAUUCUCACAACACGAAUAAGACAUUAUUUUUGUAUAAUUCCGAAUUUGAGUACCUAAUAAACAGAUGAACGAAGGCGAAAAUAUAUUUCGUGUUUAUUUGUGAUCUAGGGGCCGCCCUAUGAAUUAAAAAGCUAUUUUGGUCCCUAGGAAUCAAAACGCUAUUUUGAUCCCUAUUAAUUAAAAAGCUUUUUUGAUCUCUAGGGAUUAAAACCCUAUGUUGGUCCCUGUUAAUAGAAAACAAACUUGCUCACCACCAAUCGAGUCCUGGCUCAAUUCUCAAUGGGCCCAGUGAGAAAUGAGCCCAGUGCAGACCGAAAAGGAACUUAGUUUCAAUAAAGAAUUCAAGGACGCAGUUCAUGGGGAUAGGAAAAAUAUACCCUGGGCACCGUUCCGGUACUGAUAAUGUUAAAAAGUCCAAACUUUCUUGGUAUAAUUUAAUGGAUUCUUUUUUACGACGUUUUCUCUAUAUUUCUAGGCUUAGAAGAGUAGCAAUUCUUGAAAGUCAAUUAUUGUGCCUCAUUAAUUGUAUGCAAUUAUUGCUCUUGUAUGUACAAGAAAAUUGCAUCAUGUAAAUAGCGCUUAAUUCUGCCUACAACUUUUCACCAUUGGACGACGAUACGUGGGCAGGGUCUUCAUUCGUACGUGGUUGACAUACCUCCUCUGAGUCCUCUGCAUCAUUAUUUAUCAUGCGUACUACCAGAGAAUAGAACUCCCUUCGUGCGUCUUUAUUAGAGGAAAGGAUGCUAAUUUGGAAUACUGUUGGUAAUUUGGAAUACUGCAAUAUACAAAUAUACUAGAGCGCCAUGUAUUGACGUAUACCAGUUUUGCGUAGUUUAUGUGUUAGGAAACAAAAUCGAGGUGGCUAAGAAGCAGCCAUAAUGACAGUUCCGUGACAAACUUCAUCGGAGUGAAAGUGCUGACUAGAAAAAAAUCCAAGUAAGUAAGUAAUAAAUCGGCUUGCAUCGUGAGUGUGACUUAUAUUUGUACAAAUAUUAAGUCUAGUAAGUAGGUCAGUUGUUGAAAUCAACAAUUAUUUUAGAAAUUAAUCGAAACACAAAUUCACAAAAACAUUUUAGGUUAGUAUUGGCUAUGUUGCUAAUUUGGAAUACAAUAGGCUAUGACUCUGGUUGUUACGUUUGUGACUAUUGCAGUCUAGAGAAAUAGAACUGUUUUAAUAUAAGCUUAUCGUUAUUUUUUUAAUUCAAAUGCUUUAAUUUAAAGCGAAAUAAAUAGGUAUUUCAGGUUAACCAUUAGGUGAUUGUAAUUUGGAAUACCCUGUUCCAAAUUAUAUUCACUUUAGUUAAACUACGCCAAUCUGUGGUUUCUUAAUUAAACCACAAUUGAUCCUACUUGUGAUAAUCCAAGGUUGUUAAUUACUUUAACUUGAAUAAAAUAUAAGUUCUUCUAACAUUAAAUUCAGUGUUCACUUAUUUAUCUCUUCAUCCAUCUUUAAUACGAUUUUUUUUAAAAGUAGUAUUCCAAAUUUGCAUCCUUUCCCUAUAUAUUGCGUGCUCUAGCUAACACCACAUGUUGUGGUCAAACUCCGCACUCAAAUCUUUUAUAAAAAAAA